AUGGCAGCACUGGGACUAGACCUGAGCUCGAAGCGGCUGCGGAAACGUAGCGACUACGGCUACCACCUAGAUUAUCGACUGCGCUGGAACGACAAUGACAUUUUUGGCCACAUGAACAAUCCCAACUACGGUGUGCUGGCGGACAGUAUCAUCAACGAAUACAUGAUCAAAGAAUGCGGAUAUACCGUGAACAAACACCAGCAAGCCGCAAUCAUUGCCAACACCUACUUUGACUAUUUCGGGUCUGUCAGCUACCCGGAUAUGGUCGAGUGUGGACUGCGGAUUGUCAAGCUGGGCAAAUCCAGCGUCAUGUACGAAGUGGGGGUUUUCAGACGAGGCGAUGAAGAUGUCAAAGCAGUGGGAGGCUCGACGCACGUCUUUGUCACGCAAAUCGACGGGCAAUUGGGAAAGCCUGCUGAGGGUGGCAUGCCGAGAGAAAUGAGGCAGGGCUAUGAGAGGUUGAUCAACAUGUCAAAUCCACGUUCAACUCUCUAG